CCCGACGGCGUCGAGCAGCGGCUGGAGGUGCGGGGCCGGCAGGUCCCGGCAGAGCUGUGGGCUCAGCAGGGGCUGCGGAAGCUCUACCUGAGCGACGCGGGGCUGCGGGAGGUCCCGGACGAGCUGGCGGAGCUGCAGCACCUGCGGACCCUCGCCCUGGACGGCAACGAGCUGAUGGAGGUGCCCGAGGCCGUGUGCGACCUGCCGCACCUGGCGCACCUGUACCUGGGCCGCAACGGGCUGCAGGGGCUGCCGCCCGCCUUCGCCCAGCUCCAGAGCCUGCGCUGCCUCUGGAUCGAGGGAAACUUCUUGGCGCACUUCCCCCGCGCCCUGCUGCAGCUGCCGGAGCUGCGCAGCCUCCAGCUGGGGGACAACCGGCUGGGCCGGCUGCCCGCGGCGCUGCCCCGCAUGGCCGGCCUGCGGGGGCUCUGGCUCUACGGGAACCGCUUCCAGGAGUUCCCGCCCGUGCUGCUGCGCAUGGAGCACAUCCGCGUCCUCGACCUGGAUCGCAACCGCAUCUCCAGCUUCCCGGACCUCACCGGCCUCGCUUCCCUGCGCCUCCUGUCCUACGACCACAAUCCCGUCCGCCAGCCGCCCUGCGUCGGGGAUGAAGUGCAGCUGGUGGGGGACGGGGCGCAGGAAUACAUGGAAGAGCGGCAGGAGCGGCUGCAGAGCCUGCAGCACCGGGAGGAGGAGGAGGAAGGCGCCGAGGCCACCCCGGGCCAGGAAAGGAGGAAGUUCAUGGCCUCCACAAAAGAAAACCAACAGUUUGAGGAUCAGCCUUAUCCAGCUGGGACAGCAGCAGUGUCCUGGACCUGGGCUCAUGGAUCCCAAUGGUUAUCCCACCUGAGAGCAUCCCACAUACUCCAGGGUGCCUUGGAUUGGGAUACAGCCCCCGCCCUGAGGGAUGAUCCCACGCUGCCACCCCACAAGAAAGGGGGGACAUUUCCACUCCUCCACCUCUGGAAAUCCUUUACUCCUGUCCCAGUGGGCAGCACAGGUAAAAGCAAUGCUGGUUGCAUCCAUUCUAUGGAUCACCCUGAAGAGCUCAGAGGUUUGGGAACAAAGACACAGACCCUGAGAACCCCGUCCUGCUGCUGGAAUUGGGCUGGGGGAGAGGAUUUACCACCAGGCUCCUCCUGGCCAUCAGGUUUGGGAAGGAGCCAAUGGAAAUUCCACCUGGGUCUAAGCACUGCCUGUCUUCAACCUGGGCAGGGUUUUGCCUCUGUGCGAAGAGGAGGCUCAUCCCUGGCACUGUCUGUCCCGAAAUAGGCGCCAGAUGCAGGGCUGACACCUUAUCUUUCCUCUUCCUCUUUCCAAGUGCCUCUUGGACCAAACACAGGCAAUAAACAACACAAAUCCAUGGAAUUUGUUGUGAGAGAAAAGUGGCGGAGACCAUCCUCAGGGAAGGGUUUAUUUGGGAUCCCCUAAAACUACGUGACAUAUCCGGGUGUGUGACCACCAGCUCCUCUUAUUUUGGUCAUUCAAGGAAUCCUGAUCCCCUCCAGCUGUCUCUGAGCUGAGCCAGUGUGGUGGGAAGCUCGGGGAUCCGAGGUCUGGAGCUCACUGGAGGUUUCAAACCACGCAUCCGCUUUUAAUGGCCACCGAUUUGGGUUUGGGGCUGGGAGGCAGCCAGAGCUCGUGCCACAUCCGCACUGCCACUGGCAGGGCAGGUGCUGCCAGUUUUUUUUUCCCUCCACUUCCUAUUCCGCAGCAGGAACCACGGCUAUUUUGGACAUGUGGAGCUUCCUCAGCUGCGGGAUGUGCAGGGUCUGUCAGUGCCAGCUCCUCUGGGGGAAUUUCAGGGAUUUGGGGCUCAGCAGGAACUUGGAAUCAGGUCUUCCCAAUAGGUACAGGCUGCCAAUCUCUUUUCCCACCCAGGUACCCUUCACUGUAGGGCAGAGCAUCCCAGGAUCCUGCAACAUCCCAGGAACACACUCCUGGAAUUCUGGGUGUCUCCCAGCCCUUCAUGCCAUCAAGCCAGGGUGCUGCUGCUUUAUCUGGGAAGACACUGCUGCUAAUUAGCCAGGAAUUAUCCAUGAUCCCAAGGGUGCUGACCCUGGCAGAGACCCUCGGCUUUGCAAACCCUUGCUAUAAGGCAAGAUCUGAUGCCGCCAGCUCCACGCAGAUCCCUGCCAGCCCACCCAUUCAGCAGGAAUUGGAAUGCAGGUGGCUCUGGAUGCCACCAGCCUGUCCCCAUGGCCGGGAUCAGAUCCAGG